GUUGACGAAAGCUUGACGGGAAGUUAUAAAACACAUUAACGUCUUCGUCUAAGUUUUUUAAUGGCAAUAAUAACGAAAAGUUAUAUUUGUGAAAAUUAUUUAAAUAGUAACUUAUUAGUUCUAACCUCGUAACGCUUAUUGCCUUCAGGUCUCCCCGAUAACAAAGUAUUAUCAACAAAACUUUCUGCUAUAAACGAUCUUAAAAAAUAUAUGAAAAGAGUGAUGCCAUUCGUUCAAGCCACAAGAGAUAAUCUACAAAAGAUUGGUCCCGAAGCACUCUCUGUUGCCUUGCCCUUUGAUGAGGCCCAACUGCUUGAAGAUAACAAACAAUAUCUGCUGAAUACUUUGGAUCUUGACGCAAUCGAAGUCAAACAUACAUACAGUCCUGAUACUCCAGAAAAAACGAUAGAAGACUGUGCGCCUGGUAGUCCACAUGUCAACUUUAUUGCGGUACCUGGACUUACAGUGACCUUCACCAACCCCACACCGAUGAGUGGAUUGUUUACCAUUUCUGUGACCCUGGUAGAUGGGGAUACGGUUGAGAAGAUUAAAGCCAAGAUCGCUAAAGAGAUUAAGGCUAUUAUUAAAGACAUAAAUGCUCUAAAGCUGUGGCGAUAUCUUGAUCCGGCGUUAGGUCCUCGCAAGAUUCCAGUAGCAGGCGAUCACGUGACAAAAUGCGCGGAACUCGUCAAUGGCGAUGGUAUACGCGUACACGUGGAAGCGUCGCGUAUAGAACUCGUUCAGAACGGAACGAAUAUUGACGUCGGCUUACAGUUUGUGUAUACUUAUGAUAAGUGAUUGUUUUCAGAAAUAUAUUUAUUUAUUUUUA